GAUUCAGAUGUGAAGCAGCUUCUUGAUCUUGUGGAGAGUCCAGACUAUAAACUGGAGACUCUGGGGUGGAAUACAUAUAUUCCUUUUCAGAGCAGCUCUCCCUCCACACAGAAGUCAUUAUCAGAUAACUGCUGUAUCUGCUGAGAGAGGAUGAGCUGUGUCCUGAUGAUCCAGAGGGUGAAGCAGACUCUGACUGGACCAUGUUACUGGGAGGUGGAGAGGAGAGCUUCAUCCACAUGGUCUCCAUUUAAGACCAUCAACAGAGCUGCACUUCAACUCUUCACAGAGCUCCAACAAAUCAAGUCCAGUCCCUCAUCAAUGAUUCAGACACAUGUCAACCUGCCAGCAUCAACAGUCCUUCCUGAUGUCGUCUACAUGUUUGCUCCUUGUCUCCUCUCAUCUCCAUAGAAACAGUAGAUGUCUGAUUUAUUCCAGUGGGUGUUUCCUGUUGGUAGAACUGGUGGUGAACUGUAGGAACAGGUGAGUUUAGAGACGAUUUAAAAGCGGCUGGAGAUAAAACAUGAAGCUGUGGACUGUAAAGCUCUCAGUCAGACCAGAGACUCCAUCAGAUCCAUGCUGGAGCUGGAACAAGUCUUCUUCACUUACAUCCACACAUACAUGAGUGCAGGUCAUCCACAGACCAGGUGAGAUGAUCAUAUAUAUCAGAUACAUAUCACACACCUACAUCAUCACUAGUCUACAUGUGAUCAUUGAUGGACAGUGUGGGAACAGCAAAAUGUAUGCGUGCUUAUGAGUGCCUUAAUAAUCAGGUUUCAGUUACUAGAAGUGAUUCACUAUGCAAUAUAUGGGACAUAAUCACUGGAACAGAAUGCACUGAACAUGUACUGCGUGCAGAAGUGGAAAAACACUGAAGGCCGAAUGAUAUGACUGUACUGAGAACAACAUGUACUUAAAGGUCACAAUGUAUUCUCUGAAGAUGUCUCGCGGGGGAGCAGGACGCGCCGGACCACAAUCUAACAGACACAGUGUGUCAAGGAGGAGAAGUAGAUAGAGGAAUGCAGGAGUAUGAUCACCCCUAGACACGAGCAGGAUGCCGAGCAACGGGCUGAAUCAAUUGGAGACGACUACAACAAGCAGAUGAGCCAAUCAGAAGUAGACAAACACCUAGACUGUAGUAAUAGAAAACAACUGCUCCCGCGAAGGCAACUCAGACCCGGAACGAUAUCUUUGUAUGUACUGUGGUCUCCACACUCUGCAGAUCUGUGAAUAAAAACUCGUACUCGACGUCAUUCUCUCGUCUCCUUAUUCCUCACAUCAACGGACCCGGAGAGGAGAGGAAAGCAGGGCUACAAUUCCUCCUCGACAAUUUGGGGGCUCGUCCGGGAUGUGAAGGAAGAACGGAGCGAGGACAUUCGACUUAAACGAUCGACACACAACGGCGAAAAGAGACAGAGCGCUCGAAACUAAGGUAAGCAGAACCCGUUUAUCGAAUCUGCAUUAUUGGCAACACUAAAGUAAAAGUCUCUCUAAGCCGGAAAUGUGCCAUCAGUAAAAGACGAACAGACGAUUAAAACGUGUAAAGUGAAAUAAAGUAACAGGGUUACUAAAGAAGAGAAGAAGAAGAAAAAGGAAAAAGGAAAAGCGCUAAAAGACGUAAGUGCAUUCUAAAUUGUAGCAGGGCUACAGCCGACUAUCCCGGUCGUGGCGGACCCACCGUUGGCUCGACGGGGCCACGGAGUGAGCUGGGUUAGGGGCCCGAGGGGUGGGGACCCUCAAAUUAACUGAAAAGACCUAAUUGGGUUAGGCAUAUAGAAUAUCUAAAAUUACAGAUUGUGGGUUUGAGUCCCUGGGGUUAUAGUCCCCUAAAUUAGAAUAUCUGAAAUUACAGAUUGUGGGUUUGAGUCCCUGGGGUUAUAGUCCCCUAAAUUAGAAUAUCUGAAAUUACAGAUUGUGGGUUUGAGUCCCUGGGGUUAUAGUCCCCUAAAUUAGAAUACCUGAAAUUACAGGUGGGAUUGGGUUUGAGGCCCUGGGGUAUCUCCCCUAAAGUAGUAUAGUCUGCGGACUAAUGAGGUGAAAUUCCUGUGGAGCGGGACUAGCCCUCACGAAGAAGUCGGCAUAUAAGAAUUGGCAAUAAAAUUAAAGAGAGUAGUGCGUCUCGGGUUGGGAUUGUGAUAUACAUAUGUAUGAGCUCUAAUCGUGUUGUCUCUGUGUUUGUGUGUUCGUUACGAGACUGUGAAAUAAAAUAAGUGUGAAAUACGGGGUGGAGAAGUUCUGAGGUGUCAGGAGCGCCGCGAGUACACUAGAUAGUGUCUGAAGUGAUAUGACAAACUGAGAGCGGAAACCUAGCGGUGAUAACGCAAACUCUCAGCGUGACGGGAAACCUAACGGUGGCAACAAGUCACUAGAUAUCACUCAGGCUAUCGUACUCAAAUAGUCGCUCCAAAGCCUUGUGGUUCGGGUGUAUUCCAUAAAUUCACCGGCUGGCCUCAGAACUAAUAGAGAAGAACAGGCAUAAUGGAAGGAGAGUUUGAGAGAGAAAUAGACGACGGGGGUUGGGGUCGUCCGCGCUCUGCGUGGGUGACAUUUGGAGUACAAAUAAAUAAUAUGUUACGUGCAGCAGAAGCCGUUAGCGAUAAGAAGGAUAAAACCAAGAAACUAGCGGAAGCCAAAGAAAAGGUGCAACAAUUGGUUCGGCUUAAAGGGAAAACCUUAGAAGAUAAGGGGCCUUUAGGCAAAUGGUUGUGGGAAAAGCAAAAGAAUGCGAGGUUAAGGUAGCAGAUCUGGUAGAGCAGGGAAAACAGGCAGGUCUGUUGCAGAAGUCCAAAAUAAAAACCAAAACAGAGGCCCAGGACAAGGAACGACGGGACUGGACGGAGCUCGCGGUCUGGUGGCAGAGUACUACGCACCUACAUUCGGCGGACAAGGAAAAGGACAAAGGAGGUCCAAAAGAAUUGGUAACCACACAAGACACCCACACUCGUCCUUCUCCAUACGCCCCACCUAAGACACCCACACCCGGCAUAUACCCCACUUUAUGCGUAACAGAAGGUACACUGCAGAUAGACGACAUAGCCACAGGAGAAAUUGCGAGCCCAGCACCUGUACCGGCGAGCACGACUAAGACUCCACCUCCUAUGACACUGACCAGUCCUGACAAAACACCUCUAAGACCCCAGUCAGUGACUAGCAGCGACACUGAAAUAGAGUACUCUCCGAAUAACCCUUUCCAGGACCGACAACAGCGAGAACAUGGUGGCAUUGACUAUAGAGCAUACAGGGAAGCGGAGGAAGAGGUUAAGCGAGAGGGGGACAGAACCAUACAGCGGCUUAAAGAAUUCGAGGACCAGGUCAAGCGAGAGUUGAUGCAGGACCAAGAACAAAAAUCAAAUAGAAACAGACCAACACCCCGCGAUAACACUGAUCUCAUGUGGGACCUGAGCGAGGGAGAGGAGUGUGAGCCUCCAGUGACAGGAGCAGCAGCGUUUACAGGAAAAGGCAGGUAUGAAGGACAGACUAGGGAUGUCGGAGUUAAAUGGAAACUGAAGGGUAGAUGGGAGAACAGGCCACAGGCUGAUGAGGAGGAGGAGCAGAUUGCAGAACUAGAAAAAGAAGUAGAAAAGGCAACAGAGAGACUGAGGGCCAGCAUGGAAAAGACUCAAAACUGGGUGGCUGACGCCAAGAGACGCAGACGAUCCGUGAGGGACAGAGGAAAGAGGGAUGAGUCCAGGGACCGACAGGACCAUCACCAUCUGGCUAUCCCCCUACUAAGCACGGCCGGACAACCUGACAAAUACAAACCGUUUACUUUAGGGGACAUACAGACUAUAGUCGACAAACUGCCCCCUGUAGUGGAGGGAGGCAACAGGUGGUUGGACAAACUGGACUCUCUGACCGCGGGACAGAAAUUAGCUCUAGGGGACUUUAGAGCCGUUGCAGCAAGAUGUAUGACAGGGGGUGACCUGCGUGACAUAGAGACGGACGCCAACACUAAGGGGUUGCCUGACAAUGCACCAUUUACGCGACAAAGCACUGCGAUCGGACAGGCCAUGCGGGAUAAAUAUCCGCUACCACACGCCGCUACAAUGCCGAAACUGAGAUGGAACCCCGAACAGAGCCCAAGAGAAUUUCUUACGCAGGCUAAAGAUCAAUGGGUGAGCAACACCGGCUGUCACCCAGGACAUAAAUCAGCUCAAAGGGAGUGGUUUAGACAGGCCGUGCUAGAGGGGGUCCCGGAAUCCGUCAGAAAUAUGAUGAAAAAUAAUCCUGACAUGCAAGGGUGUGACGCUCACGUCUGGGAAAAACAUCUCGUCCACCACCUCACUGCCGCACAAGACAAAGCCCUUAACGAGGGCAAGGAGUUAACUGACUUACAGGCGCAGCUGCUCAAAUUACAACUAGCUGACGCUAGAAAUAAAGUAAAUGACAAAAAGAAAGAAAAAACCGUGCCCAAAGUAAUGGUGUCUACCGAACCUCAACCAAAUACUCCUGAUUUGUUCCCGGUUCCUCCAUGGGCGCCACAGCCACCGCUCUAUCCAUCUGGUCCACCAGGAGGCUACCUCAGAGGUAAUUACCAAAGGAGGGGACGGGCGACUAGGGGCUGGGGUGCCAGAGGAGACUACGGGAGGGGCUACGGAGGUCCUCGUCCCUGCUUCCUGUGUGGAGACACGAUGCACUGGGCCAGAGACUGCCCACACUAUGCCCAACACCACCGAGGAGGUUGAAGACCGCCUCGAGCAGGAGGCAGUGGCUACGGACCUCCGGCUCCACCGUCACCUGCGCCACCAGGGCCCGCCAGCGCACCGCCAGGGGGAGUGACCCAUUUCCAGCCUGGGGUGACGACUGUGACUAUCCCCAAUACGAGUGACACACCCCACAGAGUGACCCCGACAACACCCCAACGGCAGAACCAGUGUUGUCAAUGCAGGUAGAACAACUCAAUCUACCAUUCCUAGUGGACACAGGGGCUACAGUGUCCACAAUCAGACGGGCACCACAGAACUCUCUAUCGAAUAAAUGUAUCACACUAAUGGGGUUCUCUGGGGAAAAGACAACGCUGCCAUUCACCAAGCCAUUACACACGAAAUUGGGCACUCAGGUUCUACAACACCCGUUCGUGUUCUCCCCAGCUGUUCCGACUAACCUACUGGGCAGGGAUCUGCUCAUUAAACUGGGGGCGACAAUCCUGUGUUCAGCUGACGGCCUCCAAGUCCAUCUACCAGACGGAACCCGUCUGCCAUGCGGUCAACAGGUCUCGAACCAUGGACAAUAUCUCAUACAACCGGUCGUUGGUCCCAUGGCCGACAUCUAUUGGGGCUUACUGAGACCUGAGACCACGAAGAGGGGGGGCAUUCUCUCAGCCUACCUCACGUGGAGGCCCUGGAUAUCACAGCUCCAGCCGCUCCUGUCUCCUCCCGACCCUCCACACGUAACGUUGUUUUACGAUCGAACACAAUGUGAGUGGUAUCAGGAACAAUUCCAGGAACAAUUAGAAGGUAAAGAGUGGACAGUCCACUCCCAAAACAUAUACGUUGCUCCAGAAGGCGUAGCCGCCGGAGUUAACCUCACCACAGAACAACUAAUCUGGUAUAAAAUGGCGGACGAAGCGGCACCACACAUUUCCCUAGCAUUACAUCCAGAACAUGAGGCUAAAGAGCUAAUCUCUCGCCCUCACAUGAAUGGUUUACGUGUAUUGAUCUAGCUAAUGCCUUUUUCUGCCUCCCUCUCCAUACUAGCUGUAGUGACAUUUUCUCGUUCACCUACAAAGGGCAGCAGCUGCGCUACACGCGACUGCCACAAGGCUUUAAACUUUCCCCCGGUAUUUUCAAUCAAGUUCUGAAGACAGCCCUUGCAGACUGUGUGCUGCCUGAAGGCGUGACUCUCGUUCAAUACGUGGACGACCCUCCUACUCGCUGCGCCAACGGCACCUACAUGCCUCGAGGUCACACACUCGCUACUCGCUCAUCUAGCUAAGGCCGGCUUUAAAGUUAGCAAACCUAAAUUGCUGGUAGCGCGGAAACAGGUCUCAU